UAGCAUCCCUCCUUAUAAGCCGAUUUCUGUGUCUCGCAUCCAUCCUAGGGUUUUCUUUCACCGAAAUUGACGACAGCAGAAGCUUGCGCGGCUGCGGUUUGCCUCCGUCAUUUGCCGAUCCCGCAACCAUGGCAGCCCAGAUGAGCAAGAAGCGUAAGUUUGUGGCUGAUGGGGUUUUCUUCGCGGAGCUGAACGAAGUGUUGACUCGUGAGCUAGCGGAGGAUGGAUACUCCGGUGUGGAGGUCAGAGUUACUCCCAUGAGGACUGAGAUCAUCAUCAGGGCGACCCGCACUCAGAACGUUCUAGGUGAGAAGGGGAGGAGGAUUAGAGAGUUGACGUCAGUUGUGCAGAAAAGAUUUAAGUUUCCAGAGAACAGCGUUGAGCUUUAUGCUGAGAAGGUUAAUAACAGGGGGCUCUGUGCCAUUGCCCAGGCUGAGUCUCUCCGCUAUAAACUUCUGGGAGGUCUUGCUGUCAGAAGGGCUUGUUAUGGUGUGUUGAGGUUUAUCAUGGAAAGCGGCGCCAAGGGAUGUGAGGUUAUUGUUAGUGGAAAACUUAGGGCUCAGCGUGCCAAAUCCAUGAAAUUCAAGGAUGGAUACAUGAUUUCAUCUGGUCAGCCUGUGAAUGAAUACAUUGACUCUGCCGUAAGGCAUGUUCUUCUCAGACAGGGAGUUCUGGGCAUCAAAGUGAAGAUUAUGCUUGACUGGGAUCCCAAAGGCAAGCAGGGGCCAACAACUCCUUUGCCUGAUCUGGUUACAAUCCAUCCACCCAAGGAGGAAGAAGAGUAUGCAAGGCCUCCAUCUUUGACUAUGCCUACUGAGAUUGAAGUCCCUGCUUAGAUUUAUGAAAUGCUUUCCUUUCUCUUUAGACUUUUCAAAACAAGCUUCUAUUGUUUUUUGUCUCUGAAUUUUGUUCAUGUACUGAUGGAACUCUCACAUUUGGAUUUCGAACAGUUCUUUUCAUAAAUCAAGAUGGAUUGUUUUAA